AUGGCGAGGGAGCUCCAGGUUGAAAAAAAAUCACUGCCUGAUCUGCCGCCAUGUGCGCUCAUAACCAUAGAGGAUAAGAUUGUGAUCGGUACCUAUAGGCUUAAUGAAGAAACAAAAGUGCGUGAUGGGUCGCUGGACGUGUAUUCCGCGGAUCUGGAUCUGUUGUCUUCUCUGCCUACCGAGAGUGCUAUUCUCGAUGUAAGAUAUCACGACGGUAAGAUCUAUACUGCCCAGAGCACUGGAUCGAUUCAGAUUUGGAGGCUCGUCGAUAGCAAAGCAGUGCUUGAACGCUCGAUCCUGGUUGAAGAUGGCGUUCUUGUUUUGCAGAUCAUGCCUGUUGCGGGGUUCGUAGCGGCUACUUUGUCGACAGGUGAAGUGGCAUAUAUUGAUACUGAAAAAGGAGAGGUCGUGUGGAAAUCUCCCACUCAUUCAUUGGAGGCUUGGACAUGUGAUUUUGACGAAUCACACACUCAAUUGUACAGUGGAGGAGACGACGCGGUGUUUGCAAUGCAUGAUGUACGAAUGGGUCAAGUCAUGUGGAAAAUGAGACACCAUGACGCCGGAGUGACGUCCAUAUCAAUCAUACCUGAUGCUCCGGAGGUGAUCUGGACAGGCGGCUAUGACGAUAAGCUGAGGGUAGUUGACGGCAGGUCAAGAAGAGAGCAAGGCAAUAUUGAUCUCGGGGGUGGCGUCUGGCGACUGAUUCCCAGUCAACCAAAUGGACCUAUAAUUGCAUGCUGUAUGUACGGCGGGCUUCGAGUGCUUGAACCCAAGGCCGGGUUCGAGCUUCCUGUGGUCAUAGGAACGCUAACGAACCACGAGAGUAUGGUCUAUGGAGCCGCGUGGUCGAACGAUUUCAAAUAUGGCUACAGCUGUAGUUUCUACGACCGCCUGGUCCAGAAAUGGACUCCGCCUAGUUAA